GCAUUUUGUUCAUCUUUCAAUUAUUUUAUGAAGUUUUGUGUGGAUUGUCAAAUUAAAGCACAGCGGUGUGGUUUUUAUUUCUCUUUAACAUUUUUAAGUAUAUUGUAAUAAUUUUAUUAAAAAGUAACCGUUGAAGAAAUAAUUAAAAAUGUCUAUGCAACCGCACAGUAAGAAAAGAGUGUGUUACUAUUAUGACAGCGAUAUUGGAAACUACUAUUACGGACAAGGGCAUCCAAUGAAACCUCACCGCAUACGUAUGACCCACAAUUUACUCCUCAACUAUGGACUCUAUCGAAAAAUGGAGAUUUAUAGGCCUCACAAAGCCACAGCUGAUGAAAUGACAAAAUUCCAUUCAGAUGAUUACAUUAGAUUCCUGCGUUCUAUUCGACCUGACAAUGUUUCUGAGUACAACAAACAAAUGCAGAGAUUUAAUGUAGGUGAAGAUUGUCCAGUUUUUGAUGGCCUGUAUGAAUUUUGUCAGUUAUCUGCUGGGGGUUCAGUUGCAGCAGCUGUAAAACUGAAUAAGCAGGCCUCAGAAAUUUGCAUAAACUGGGGUGGUGGCCUCCAUCAUGCAAAGAAGUCUGAAGCGUCAGGUUUCUGUUAUGUUAAUGACAUUGUUCUUGGCAUAUUGGAGUUGCUGAAAUACCAUCAAAGAGUACUAUAUAUUGACAUAGAUGUGCAUCAUGGUGAUGGUGUUGAAGAAGCUUUCUACACCACUGACAGAGUAAUGACCGUUUCCUUUCAUAAAUAUGGAGAAUAUUUCCCUGGAACAGGUGAUUUGCGGGACAUUGGUGCCGGUAAAGGCAAAUAUUAUGCUGUAAAUAUACCCCUUCGUGAUGGAAUGGAUGAUGAGUCAUAUGAGUCUAUCUUUGUUCCCAUUAUAUCCAAAGUUAUGGAGACAUUCCAACCAAGUGCUGUAGUACUACAGUGUGGUGCUGAUUCUCUGACAGGUGACAGAUUGGGUUGUUUCAACUUGACCGUUCGAGGUCAUGGACGCUGUGUAGAACUUGUCAAGAGGUUUGGACUACCAUUCUUACUGGUCGGCGGAGGCGGAUAUACCAUACGUAAUGUAUCUCGCUGUUGGACUUAUGAGACAUCUGUUGCACUUGGUGUGGAAAUAGCCAAUGAACUACCAUAUAACGACUACUUUGAGUACUUUGGGCCUGAUUUCAAACUACACAUAUCACCAAGUAACAUGUCCAAUCAAAACACACCUGAAUAUCUGGAAAAGAUAAAAAAUAGACUGUUCGAGAAUCUCAGAAUGCUCCCACAUGCGCCAGGAGUACAAGUGCAAGCCAUACCUGAAGAUGCUGUCAAUGAUGAGUCAGAUGAUGAAGAUAAAAUAGACAAAGAUGAGAGAUUACCACAGAGUGAUAAGGACAAGCGCAUCGCUAAUGACGGCGAGCUGUCGGACUCCGAGGACGAGGGCGACGGGCGCCGCGACAACCGAGCCUACCGCGCGCCGCAGCGCAAGCGUCCGCGACUCGACAAGGAACCCCUGCAGAUCAAGGACGAUCUUAAACCUGAUGACAUGAAGGAUGACGUUAAAAACGUUAGCAACGCGGAAGAAUCAAAAAAGGACAUGCCACCGAAUCCCUGAUGAGUGCAAGAUUCUAAACGUUAUCGUCCAUAGUACAGUGCAUUGGCACUUUGGGAAUAAUUACAAACUGAAACUGGACAUUCUCAUGUUCUGCUUGAGCACAAUAUCGUGAUUUAACGUGGACCUAAGAGACGACUAGAGAUAGUUUAUACAGUCCUAUAUUAUUAUAAGAUUCUCUGUUUUCAAUGAUGACCGUUUAUCAUUCGUGAUUAUUUUUUUCACUUUUAUCUAUUAUACGACUGGUUUGAAUUGUAUAUUGUUUUAAAGGUAAAAUCUAAUGUUUAGAUGAAACGUGUUGCCGUCACAGAGACGCUUCAGUUUAUUUAAACAUUCCUAAAGCUCCAAAAUCUUAUUGCUUUUGUUGAUAAAUGGAUGUGUACCGAUAAUGUUGAAGAAGUUAAUAAGAUCUCAUAAUGCGUCUGCUAUGAUAACUCUGAAUGUGUAGUCGUGUGAGAAUCGAACAGACGACCCUCGGCUCGACUGUUAGGUUCGACACAUCUGCUGCAAUCUGUUUAAUUUAAAUUUCAUUUUCAUGCGAUUACGAUAAAUCAUAUUAUAUUUAAAGAGUUGAUUUUAAUUAUCAACUACAUAAAAACCAGUAUUUGUUUUGCCUAUGGAUUUAGUGAAAAAUACUCUGUUAAUGAAUUAGAAAGAUUGUCCUCAACAACUAUUUCGAUAAUCUUCAUAGAUGUGUUUGACAUAACGUUUAACUCUCUUUAUACGCAACAUUGAGUUAUCAUAGUACAAUCAAAGAACCUAGUUUCAUAAGAUUUUAUAAAUAUAUAAGGUUAAUUAUACUCAUGGGACGAGGAAAAGGUAGUGGAUUUUAUAUUUAUGCCUAUUAAUUACACGUUUGUUGCUGGGGCUUUGGCAAAGGGGCGUGAUCCCAUAUCGCUCACUUAAUCAAAUGUUUGAUGUAUACACAAACUGCGCAAACAUUUGAUUAAAUGUUAACAAACCUUAUUCGGGCAUAGCAUACACGGAACUGAGCCUAGAAAAGUGCCAGUACAAGAUAGUAAAAAAAAAUGAAAUCGCACAGAAUAUUACUGGGGAUGUAUUAUUAUGAUUUAUUAGUCGUACACUAGCACCUGGUUUUCAUUUUUAAUUGUAAUGCAUAGGUUAUAUUACUGCUGUACUGGAUUGAUAACAAAUUGUUUAUUAAAAUACACGAUAUCUACAAAGACUCCAUUGAAUUCAGCAUUUAUAGUAAUAAAAAUUUAAUAAAACAAACAUACCUGUGACGUCACCGCAUCCUUACCCACCACAUCUAUAAACCCUUACCGACCGGCUUUUUUCUGAAUCCGGGUUUCGGGCCUUAGUUAUCGUGAUUGUAUGUUAACUUCUCUAGUUGAGUACCUAUAUACUUAAUACAUUAUAUAUUAGAUAAAAGUAAUGGAACACCUGUUAAUUUUAUAUUUUCUAUGAUUGAUUUGAAUCUAGGAAUACAGAAAAUGAACCUAAACAGUAAUUUUAUUGCUGAUUUGUAGUCAGUCAGAUACUGCUCAUAUUUUGAGUUAUUUUUGUAUGUAUAUUUGAAAUAUUAUUGAAAUAUGAGUCGAUGAUAGUAUUGAAAGAGGUGUCGUCACAGGACAGCCAAGUCAAUUAAGUUUUCGUACAAAAACUAUUAUCAUUUAAUAAAAUGUAUGUCAUUUUAA